AUGUCUCAAUCUUUAAAGCCAUAUUUGACAGCUGUGCGAGCUUCAUUAACAGCAGCCAUAUGUUUAGAAGACUUCUCGUCCCAAUUGGUGGAAAGACACAACAUACCUGAAAUCGAAGUAGACAAUGGCCAUAACCCUGAAUUAAUCUUGAAUCCCAUGGUAAUUGCUAGAAACGAAAACGAAAAGAUCUUGAUUGAAGCAUCCGUUAAUUCAGUUAGAAUAUCCAUUAAAAUCAAACAAGCAGAUGAAAUCGAACAAAUAUUGGUCCAUAAGUUUACCAGAUUCUUAGAGGCAAGAGCUGAAAACUUCUUCAUCUUAAGAAGAGUCCCACUUAAGGGCUACGAUAUUUCCUUCUUGGUAACCAAUUUCCAUACGGAAGAAAUGUUAAAGAGUAAACUUGUGGAUUUUAUUAUCGAGUUCAUGGAAGAUGUUGAUAAGGAAAUCAGUGAAAUGAAGUUAUUCUUAAAUGCAAGAGCCAGAGUUAUUGCCGAAGCGUAUCUCAUCCCAUUCGAUUAA